AUGGCUGAAAUCGCAGCAGGCGCUUAUGUCGCUGCGGAAGUGGUUGAACACACAGCAGAAGCAGGCUACGCUGCUUACAUCGUCUCUAAGCCAACGCUCCCUCUCAAGGUUACCUUUACACGCAUAGCCACAGCAACAGGUGAUACUUCGGCACGCUCGUUGGCACGCUCCAAUCAUACAGUCACAGUGAUCGGUAACAAAGCUUAUGUUUUCGGUGGCGACACUGCGAACAAUGCUCUUGCCAGCAACCAUGUGCAUAUCGUCACUCUUGAACAUUCUGGGAAACCAGAGAUGGACUAUAGUAUCAUCCCGGCUUUGCCAACAUCUGAAGGUGGGAACACACCCGCAGCAAGAUCGAGCCAUGCAGCCUGCGCAUUUCAUGGGAAUGUAGCUGUAUACGGCGGUAGCGACGAGGGUGGCGGUCUGAUCGAUGAACAGUCCUCUAUUUGGCUCUUCAGCCCCGAGAGGAAAAGCUGGGAUAUUCUACAACCAUCAAAGGGAGAUGUCGAAACUGGAGAUAUCGGCCCUGGACCACGUCGCAAUGCCCAGCUUUUUGCGCAUGAUCAGCACCUGAUACUGUUUGGUGGAGUUGAUGGUUCUGGCGAUAACGCAUCAGAUCUGUGGCAGUUCGAUAUUGCUGCGCGCUACUGGACGCAGCUUCCGACAGCACCAGUCGCAACAUCGAACGCUGCACUAGCGAACGGUCAACUAUGGCUGAUAUCUGGUUCCGAUCCUAUGAGCAGUCAGCUGCACCACAUCAGCAUCUCCUCGUCGAGUGAAGAGAGAAAGUGGGAGUCUUUCACGUUUCCAACCAACCCGUUAGCACCAGGCCCUCGUGCACGGCAUGAUGGAGCGCUACUGCCGGUAACUACUGGCUGGGGUAGAAACUACCUUGUCUAUCUCUUUGGUGCUCGUAACAAUUCCUCUGCUGAUGUUUCGAACACCGAGCCAGAAGAUCCCAAGCACGCAGAUGAAGUCACUCAGUUCAGCGACACCUGGGUCCUCCAGAUACCUUCAAGUGACUUGGAGGCUAAGCCGUCAAUGACGCUUAAGAACGCUAUCAAUCCGGCAAAAAUCAAAGAUGCUAUCAGGUCUGCCUUGGGUGCUGAUACAGGGCACCUGUCCUGGGCGGAGGCGGUAGUACAGCUACCUUCAGACAAGCAACUGGAGGAAGAAGAUGGCAAGCUGCAUCCUGGACCGAGAGCAUUUUUCGGUGCGGAUGUUAUGGAAACAGGUAGCGGUCUAAUCUUCUGGGGUGGAGUGGACGCAAAGGGUGAGAGGGUUGGUGAUGGAUGGAUCGCAAGGUUUGAGUGA